AUGAGGAAGAAGUUGCUCAAGAAUACAGAGUUUGCCAACACUUGCUAUGCAGUUCCAGCUGGUCAAGGUGUUUUUGAGGUGCAAUCUAGUGACUUUCAUUAUAUUGUAGACAUUAAUGCCAGACAUUGUGACUGUAGAAGGUGGGAUCUAACAGGAUUACCAUGUAGCUAUGCAAUAUCUUGCUUGAGGCAUGAAAGCAUAGCCACAGAGUCAGUUGUGCCCAAGUGUUACUCUGUUGAAGCAUUUGGUACUGAUUAUGGUUUCAACAUAUGGCCAUGUGCAGAUAAGAGUACUUGGUAUAAAGUGGUAAACUAUCUAAAGGUUCUGUCUCCAGCUUAUGAGAAGAAGGUUGGCAUGCCAACAAAAUCAAGGAGGAAGCAACCACAUGAAGUUCAAGGAAAAUAUGGGUCCAAGAUGUCAAGGCAUGGAGUGGAGAUGCAUUGUUCAUACAACAACCAAUCUAGCCACAACAUUGUUGGCUGCUCUCUGAAAAAGGCUGGUCUUAAGCCCAACCAAAAGCUGAAGAGGAAGGCACCACCACCGCAAACAGAUAAUGCUGAAGACCAUGUGUUCAUUCAGGAAAAGUUCAACAUAAGGUGCCGUUCUGGUUUAAACCUCUAA